AUGAAGACGCGGGCACCGGGAGGACGGAGGGAAGAUGUUGGGUUGGGGAGAUGCCGAAGACCAAGGGGAUCGCCGACGAUCAGCAAGGGGAGAGGCGGGGAUCUAGGUCGAGACGAGGAGCGCCGGCAAGGCGUGGGGUUGGAAGCGCUGGCGGCGAGGCUCUACUCCUCUCUUGGCUGCGCUCAACGAAAUAAUGGAAUGAACGGAUGA